AUGGCAGAAAUGGAUUCUAUCCCUACCUCACAUGAAUUAUCUUAUGGAAGUGAAAAUACAUUAGAAAAUAGUUCUGCCGCUCAAUCAACGAAGAAUCGUCAAAGGCCACCAAAAUUUCAAAUUGACGGAGAAUCAUCCACUGCUAUUGAAACGAAUCAAAACAGUAGAGAUAUCGAUAUAUCUGCUGAUGAACAUCGUUCCGAGAAUAAUUCAGCAUUUUCUCAAAACAGUGUACCGGCUACGCAACUAGGCAGCGCCCAACCUGUAAUCAUUCAGCAAGGAGCUAUUGCUCAAUCAUUUCUAGUACAGAAACAAAAUCGUCCCCUACUAGUCAUUCCUCAGUCACCAGGUGUUUCGCAAUCAAAUCUAAAUCAAUCCCAAUAUCAUGGUCAGAUUGGUCAAGAAUCGCAGCAAACUAGUAAUUAUCUUCAAUGUUUGGCAAAUCAACCACCACAAGGAGGCAACAAUCAACAACUAGUGAUGCAACAAGCGGUAGAUCCUGAGAUAUCUCAAACACAAGGAGGUAACAAUCAACAGCCAGUGAUGCAACGAGCGGUAGAUCCUGCGAUAUCUCAAAUAAGCAAUCAAAAUUAUGAUAGUACGCAACCCUCUUCGAUGCAUGAGCCUAGUAUCAUUAGUCAAGCAAAUGCAACCCUACAGCCGCCAAACGAUUCUGGAUAUGCAGGGACUAAUACCCAACAGUCAAGUUAUCCUUACCCUCCUAUUUUAAAUCAACAAUCAGUCAAUGUAAGCGAGCAGAUACAACUGCCGAACGAAUGGAUGCCGUUUCCAGAAACACCCAUACAUUGUCUUUCAGGUUUCGAGUAUUUGGUCUAUCUCGAUCAAAUUUUAAUACGCCAACAAUUAGGAGAGGUGGGAGAUACCGCUGAUAUGUAUAACGUUUUAAAUAAGCAAGGCCAAUUAAUAUAUAUUGCUGUGGCAGAGAGACAGCCAAGACGUUCUAAUAAUUCAGGUCGCCCAAUUAGUAUUACACUUAGAGAUGGAUCAGAAAAGGAGAUAAUCCAUAUAAAAAAAGCUCCUCUCCCACAUUGUGUUUGCCGCAAAGAUCCAAUCCAACAGCAGUUGACUAUACAAGUGCCAUCAAGUGGAGCUAUUGCAUACGUUCGAAGAACUGGAAUGGGCCCAAGUUAUGACGUGCUCGAUGGAACGGGAAAUAAAUUAAUCCGUAUACGAGGGCCAUUAGGAAUUUGCUCUUGCAUUACGGGCCCAAAACUCUAUGAUUUUCAGAUAAUUUGCCAUGAAAAUAAUGGAGUUAUUGGUAAUAUGAAAAAAAGUUGGUCUGGAUCUCAGCGAUUGCCUUCUGAAGAUUUUAUUGAAAUUAAUGUGGAACGCCUACUAAUAGUAAUCAAGUUAUUCUUAAUAUUUGUAAUUGAAUCACCUAGUUCCAAAGAAUCUGGACGUUAA